AUGGCCCAAGAAGUUGUUGAUGAGCGUAGUCUAUGGGAUGUCAUCGUGAACCGGAAGAAUUUGAUGACCGAUUGGCCGGAAAACCGUAUAAAUUUAGACGCCCAUCACGAUGGGGGCUCGACUAAGAAGCCAAACAUGAUACAUGCACGGGGCGCUCAUUUUGUGAAAGAAGACCCAAGAGUCUUCGACGCACCCUUCUUCUGCAUCCCUGCUAGAGAAGCUGAGUCGAUAGACCCGCAACAGCGUUGGGCCCUGGAGACUGUAUAUCAUGCCUUGGAAAACGCUGGAAUUCCCGUCGAGAGUAUCCGAGGCAGCCGCACUGCGGUGUAUGCGGCAUCCUUCUCCAACGACUACAGGGCAAUUAUAUCGAAAGAUCCUGAUCUCUCUCCGCGCCAAACCGCCACAGGCGUUGCUCCGUCUAUACUGCCAAACCAGCAGGCCAUCAUAUUCGGUACAAGCGUGUUCCUUGACCCAGAGUCUUCUAUUUCCAUGUCCAGCUUGAACUUUCUGUCUCCGGAUGGCCGCUGUUACAGCUUUGAUUCACGGGCAAACGGGUUUGCACGUGGCGAGGGCGUUGUAGCUAUCGUUGUCAAGCCUCUCAGAGACGCCAUCAAUCAUGGGGACGUUAUACGGGCUGUAAUACGCUCGACGGCGUCAAACCAGGACGGUAGAUCGCUAGUCCUCACACAGCCAAGCAGUGAGGCGCAAGAAACGCUUAUACGCCACGCUUAUGCAAAGGCGGGCAUUGGGUUUGAUGAGACAAGAUAUUUUGAGGCCCAUGGUACCGGAACCCCAAUAGGGGAUCCAAUCGAGAUGAAAGCUAUUGGGCAGACGUUCCGCAUAUCUCGUUCUACCGAAGCCCCUCUUUACGUCGGUUCGGUUAAGGCCAAUGUCGGCCAUCUUGAAGCAGCGAGUGGUUUAGCAGGAGUUGUCAAGUCCAUAUUAGCUCUCGAAAAGGGGAUUAUCCCACCGAAUGCUCUUUUUGAAAAGCUCAAUCCCAGCAUCGAUGCCGACUCUUUGAAUGUUAAGGUUCCCACUCAGUGCAUUCCUUGGCCAACCCAGGGUCUUCGUCGGGCCUCCGUCAAUACAUUCGGAUUCGGAGGCACUAACUCCCACGUCAUCCUUGACGAUGCCCUCCACUACCUGCGAAUGCAUAACCUCGAAGGCUUUCAUCACACCGUUGAUAUUCCAGCACAGCCUAACGGAAUAUCAUUCAGCAUAAGCAACUACUAUGCUAACGGCAAUUCGCAACGGCCAAAGCUUUUCGUUCUCAGCGCCAUGGACUCUGCAGCUUUACAGCGCAUGAUCAACGCAUAUCAGAGCUACUAUCAUACUUUUACUUCUACUCAUCGGCGAAGUCUUGAUCUGCUAGUAUACACACUAGCAGCACGACGAAGUAUGAUGCCAUGGCGCGCGUUUGCCGUUGUGGACCCUUCGCGCGAGUUUAACUUCGUAAAAGGAGAAGUUGGAGACGAUGCUCACCCACCUCUUCGCAUGUCGAAACCGGUUCGUGUGUCCUCUGCAAAGCUGGGCAUCGCCUUCGUCUUUACUGGCCAGGGAGCUGGGUACUGUGGAAUGGGGCGUGGGUUGCUGCAAUACCCGACGUUCGAAGAGAGUCUUCGGAGAUCCGAUUACGCACUUGCUAGCCUAGGUUGCAAAUGGACUAUAUUUGAUGAGCUUUACAACUCUGAGACAAUUAACUCACCAGAGUUUAGCCAACCUCUAUGUACAGUACUGCAAAUUGCUCUCGUUGAUCUACUCCGGGCUUUUGGAGUAGUUCCUACUGCUGUUGUUGGACAUUCAAGUGGUGAGAUCGCGGCCGCGUACGCAAUUGGUGCUCUAUCACAAAAGUCCGCCUGCAAGGUGGCUUACUAUCGCGGACAGCUUGCGGAGAGACUUCGCAGAUCAUCAAGCGCAAGACCAGGAGCUAUGAUGUCAGUGAAUCUAUCUGAAGUCCAAGUUCCCAUAUAUCUCCAGCAACUGGCAAUUGAAAAUGGGGUGGUGCACGUAGCGUGUGUGAACAGCCCUACGAAUGUUACACUUUCAGCACCCUCCGACAUCAUCGAUACACUCAAAGAACGACUUGAUCGAGAUGGAAUCUUCACCCAGAAGGUUAACACAGGCAUCGCAUACCACUCACCAGCAAUGCGUGAGAUCGCAGCAGAUUAUCUUCAGUUAAUGGGAUCUUUGGAGCUGGGUUCCAGCAGUCUGCAGCACAUACCGAUGGUUAGCUCGGUUACUGGGAAGUUUGCUGUCCCGAAGCAAUUAGCCAUGGCCCAGUAUUGGGUUGACAACCUACUAUUACCGGUGAGAUUUGUUGACGCAUUACGGCCCAUCGCCGAGUAUCCCGGUGCGAUCACUGACCUGAUCGAAAUCGGCCCACAUCCAGCGCUCAGGAGACCGUUGAAAGACAAUAUCCCUUCACUGCAUUAUCAUCCCACACUGGAACGAAAUAAAGAAUCCGAAAUAUCUAUGCUCGAGCUUUUAGGCACGCUAUUUUGUGAAGGGUAUCCGGUAUCUAUACUUGCAGUUAUCUUCUUGGGAGACGUGCUCAUGAUUGGAAUCCACUUCAACCUAGGUGGAGGAAUUGGCUUUGUAAAGAAACGUUUCCCUGGCUGGGCCAUCAUGUGCGGCACAACUCUUUGCCCGGCUACAUGUAUGCUGAUAAUGGCUACCGAGGCUAUAACCCAGUUCGUCAAUACAAAGAAUCAACCACUAUCUGGUAUACACUUCAAAGACGUAGAAUUCAUAGCCCCGAUCAUGGUAGGCGAAACACCACAAGACGCUGUCGAGACGGUGGUUGAACUACGCCCGAUUCGAAAUGUAAGCGAAAAAGAGUCCACCAGGUCGGAAAUUCGUAUAUUCUCGGAAAAGAAUGGGAGCUGGACGGAAUGUUUCCGGGCUGAGGUUCGAACAGAAUACCAGGAGUGCAAUGUGACCCAAGUCAACGUAGUCGACGAGGCGAAAUGGGAAAGAGAACAUAUCCACGAUCUCAUCAAAUCAGCAGCGAUAUCUUGCACGAAGUCUAUCGACUCACGUUCGUUUUACGAAUAUUGCGAGGAAUACGGUUACGAAUAUGGCCAGUCGUUCCAAUUACUACGAGAUAUCAGAUGGGACAAUAAGACCACCUCCUUUGCACGAAUUGACCUCACAGCGCCAGAGGUAUCCCAGGAAGUAGCGGAAAUACCUGUACAUCCUGCGACUUUAGACGCAGUUCUACAUCUCUUUCUUGCCCAAUAUUCCAAGGGCAUCACAAAGGAUAUUGCUACUGUUAUUCCGCAUCAUAUUUCAGACAUGUGGAUAUCUUCGAAGGCAUGGAAUCAGAUAACGUCGACAGUAAGCAUUAUUUCAGUUUCUCAGAAAGACAACGAUCGACUAUCCAAUCUCUACGGAAUUUCGGACGAUGGCUCGUUGUUAUGCACGGUCAAGAGCCAGACCGUGGCAGAAGUCUCCAGUCUUAACAAGUUAGAAGAAGAUAUGCAGGCUAGCACAUUGUUGCAUAGCAUCUCGUGGAAGCCACAACUAAGUUCACUAAGUGCUGCCGAGUUACAGCAGUUGUGUGAUACUGGCGCAUUAGUUGCGGAUGAGAGCACCACCAUAGCACACAUCACAAAAGUAGAGAUGAUUAUGAAAAUUGCAGCACGCAAGGCGGUUAAAGAGAUAUCAAACGAAGACCUCGACCAAGCACCACGCUAUAUGAGGAAAUUAAUGGCUUCCAUGGAACAUCAAUAUGGAUGGCGAGAAGGUGAACCGGCUGAUCCUGAUGACCCGGAGUUUGAAAAGUCUACUCCAGGAAUGCGAAUCAGAAGCGCCGGAACUGCGCAUGUUCCCGGCGGUGCAACGGAAUUUGCCUUCUAUUAUAAGAAGCAGAACUGA